CUCUACUCAGUAUCCAGCAUGGGUGCUCUUAGAGCAGUCCGCACCGCGGUAUGGGGGGCCCCGGCGGAAACUAAGGCUGAAAGGAGAUUGAUCGUCAAGAUCGAUGCCUUCAUCCUGUCCUCAUGCUGCCUCCAGUACUGGGUCAACUACCUUGAUCGAUCGAAUUUGAACAAUGCCUAUGUGAGUGGCAUGAAGGAGGAGCUUAACAUGGGUGGCAAAGACCUUAAUUACAUCAACACCAUCUUCUGGUGUGGUUAUGUUGUAGGCCAGAUCCCCAACAACCUUGCUAUGCAGUACUUCCGUCCACGCUACUGGAUGACCUUUUGCAUCAUUGCAUGGGGUUUGUGCACCUUGGGCACUGCCUUUGUGCACAGCAAGGAGGCCAUCAUGUGUAUCCGCGCCUUUCAGGCCUUGUUCGAAGGGUCGACCUUCGUGGGAACACAUUACCUUCUCGGCAGCUGGUAUAAAGAAGCAGAACUUGGAAAGAGAACAGGUAUCUUCACCAGCAGUGGUCUUGCGGGUACUCUCUUCUCCGGAUUUAUGCAGGGCAGCAUCUAUACGAGCCUUAAUGGAAAAUCGGGCCUCCAUGGCUGGCGAUGGAUGUUUAUAAUCGAUUUCUUGGUCACACUUCCAAUUGCUUUGUAUGUCUUUUUGCUGUUUCCAGACACGCCUGAAACCACGAAGGCCUUCUAUCUCACCCAAGACGAGAGGGAGUUGUCCGUGUCACGGCUGCGGCGUGACCACUCCACUGAGCACGUACACGGAGAGGUUAAUAAACAGCUUUUCAAGCGGCUUCUGUCCACAUGGGAACUAUAUGCUUUCUGCUUCAUAUGGACCAUGGGUGCCAACUGUGAAAUGUUUUCCACCAACGCCGUGUUGAAUCUCUACCUUAAAUGGACCGAAGAUUACACCGUCCAAAUGGUCAACUACAUGCCUAUGGGCGUCAGUGCAGUGGGGAUCGUGGGAACACUUGUCCUAGGAUGGUACUCUGACUUCUCGGGAGGAUCAUGGCACGUGGGAGUCAUCACCUCUUGCACUGCCAUCAUCUCAGGAGCGAUCAUGCUCAACCCGCCCAAUAGGGCCGCGACCAUGUUUGCCCUUUAUCUGAAUGGUAUUCAGUAUGCCAAUCAGACGGUCAUGUUUGCUUGGGCGAGCAAGAACACCUUCGGCGACGCGCCAAAGCGAGCUAUCAUCCUUGCCGCCAUGAAUACGUCAGCAGUCGUAUUCUACUGCUGGUGGCCGAUUCUGUUUUACGCAGCUGAUCAAGCGCCAGCAUGGAGAGCCGGUAGUAUCGCCAUCAUCGCCUCUGCUAUCGCUAUGCUUGGUGGAGUGCUUGUCAUCAGACAUCUGGAAGCUCGACGAAAGAGUACCGAAGCCGGGCCCUUUGUGGUGGAGAAAGGACAAGAUGAUUCAAUCAACUUCGAAACGUCUCAAGAGAAGACUGUUGUAAUGACUAACCUUGAUUCUGUCAGUGGUCAUAGCAGUCGCGAUGAGGAAUCAGGUCGUAAAUAG